UCGUGCGUUCGAUGAGAUUCAAUAUAACCGCUCCUAUUGCGUUUUAGUAAUGGCAUUAUUGUAAAUAUUACAAAAAAACAAUUGGCAUCAUCAUCGAACAAAAGAAUAAUGGUUUUCUCUCUCUUGACUUCUGGUGCUCCAUUUUCUCUCUCUUCACGAGUUCCCUCUCAGGAGCUCCUUCGUGAUUUUCUCUCCUAUCCUCACCUGCUGCAACCACCGCGCCGGCACCAUCUCCACGCUACCGUCAUCCACCGAGACGCCACCAUCUCCACCCUUCCAUCUCCGACCGCCACCAUAUCUACGUCUUCUCCUAUCCUGAUCCUGACGCACCCCAAGAAUAUGUUUAUGCUCUUUGCCCAGACAAGACCACAAUUGCUCUGGGUAGCAGAUAUCAGCACAACAUCAAUACAGUUCUCUCUUACCUCUCUUCAAACUCUGGCUGGGUGAAGUGCUUUUACAACACAAGUGCUGGCAACGGACGGGAUAAGGUCUACGACCUGCUUUUCUGUCGUCUGGAUGUCAAUGAUGCCGCCUGUAAGAAGUGUGUUUCCCUUGGCACUAUGGCAGUGGCGCGCUACCAACUCGUUGCCCCGGGAAGGAGUCAACUAUAUGGUUUUAUGAUCAUCAAGAACCACCACAUCAGCUUUCUUUCUAUCCUUAAUGUCCAGCACAAGUUCAGUACCAGCACCACAAAGAAAAUCUGCAGUACCCAACUAAGCCUAAGUCAACUCAAGCCAAAUCAACCAAGGCAGAUUAAAAAAGACCCUUUCAAGGCAGACUUGAACCUAACAGGCUACUGAACUAACCGAGCAGGACUAAAUGACUGUAUAGAAAACUAAACCAAACCUGCCCGACUUACUGCAUCAGCAACAAGGCCAAAGUUUUGCUCAUUUUUUAAAUUUUAGAGUUCGGAUUUGUAAACAUUCAAAAAUUUUGCUCAUUGUUUCUAAAUGAGCAAAUAUUUUAAAAUUACAUAUUACUUAACAUUCAAAAAAUUUGCUCAUUUUUUUGUAAUUUACACAAAUGAGCAAAUAUUUUUGCUCAUUUUUUUAUAGUUUACACAAAUGAGCAAAUAUUUUUGCUCAUUUGUAAAUUUUAAGUCCGGAUUUGUUAAUAUUGAAAAGUUUUGCUCAUUGUGUCUAAAUG